AUGGCACUGGCGCAAGAUGCCAAUGUAGAGACUGUGCUGGGAGUCUACAUGUUUCAUCGACACGGUGAUCGCACUCCAAAGUCGACACCUCCCGCGAGCCUGACCGAUCUGGGCUAUUCCCAAGUCUACACUUCUGGCCAGUACUACCGCAAUCGAUAUAUUGCGCCGGAUGCCACCCUCCGUAUAAAUGGCAUCAACGCGGAUAUCGUCAAGCAGAGCCAGAUCAUGGUCUCCGCUCCAGACGAUACUGUCCUCCAGAACUCAGCGACCGGCUUCUUGCAGGGACUCUACCCACCAGUUGGUUCAACUCUUGGCUCCGCAACAUUGAGGAAUGGCAGCACUGUUACCGCACCCUUGGAUGGCUACCAGCUCAUUCCAGUCGAGGAGUCGACUCACGGCGCCGGCAGCGAGGACAACACUUGGCUGCAGAGUGCCAGCGGAUGUGCACAGGCUAUCGUCAGCUCGAAUGAAUACUUCUCCAGCAAGGAGUACACCGAUCUCCUGGCUAGUACCCAGAGCUUCUACGACAGUAUCUACCCAGUCAUCAACGGGACAUUCAAUGCCAGUCAGAACUCGUUCAAGAACGCAUACACAAUCUACGAUCUAAUUCAUGUCGCCGAGAUCCACAACCAGACGAUCCCAAGCUCGAACCUCCUCACCGACGAUGUCCUCUUCCAGCUCCGUACCCUGGCCGAUGCCCACGAAUGGGGCCUCGCCUACAACGCCAGCUCCGACGCCCGCGCCAUCGCUGGCAAGACUCUCGCCGGCCAAAUCGUCGAGUUUCUGAAUACCACGCUCACCAGCCGCGGCAAGACGAAGAUUGGCGUCCAAUUUGGCGCAUACGGAACUUUUGCUUCGUUUUUCGGGCUGGCAGAUCUUCCCAGCGUGAACUCCGACUUCCGCGGCGUGGCGGAUUAUGCAUCUGUCAUGACAUUUGAACUGUUCACCAACUCUUCUGUCGCAGUCAGCAGUGCUGAAUACCCGAGCACCGACGAUGCUUAUGUGAGAUUCCUGUUCCACAACGGCACGACGACUGAGCAGAGCGAGCCGGUGGCAUACCCGCUUUUUGGCUCUGGGCAGGAGGUUCUUAGCUGGGACGACUUUGCGAGCGGAAUGGGCAAGUUCGUAGUGAGGGACACGGAGGAAUGGUGCACGGCUUGUGGGAACUCCACGAGUACCUGCGCAGCUUAUGGAUCCAGCGGCGACGAUGGUGAUUCGUCAGCCUCGGCUGAAGGUCAUGAAGCUGGCAACGGCCUGAGUCCGGUUGUGAACGGUGUCAUUGGAGCGAUGGUCACGCUGGCGGUCGUGCUUGGGUUGGAGGCUUUGAUUCUGGUGUUUGGCGGCUUCCGCGUGGUAAGCAAGAAGAGCCUGGCGAGAGAUGUUGCGUUCCAAAAGGGUAUGCCCAAGGCGUAG